AUGUACAUUAUUAAAGUGUUUCUGAUGCUUUACAUACUGUUGCUUGGCCAAGAGCCUUCCUCAUCAGUUUCUUACACACAGGUAAACACCCUUUGACUGGAUGUUGCCAGUAAUCCUUUGGUUGCAGUAAAUGAUGCACUCGCUAUACCUAGUAAAAAAUGACAGGACAACACAAAGUGUUUUAUAGUGCUAAGUUAUCAUCAACUAACACAGACCAGGUAGGUAGUUUGAAAGGAGACAAAGAAAUGCAUGUGACUCUAAGAAGUGAUUCACUUACUUUUUUAAUGUCUUUAUUUUUACUUCCAGUCUUUGUUUUUUCCACUUCCUUCAUUCUGCUUCUGGAUUCUACUGCUUUGUUUGGCAUUCAUACCUUCUUAAGCAUUAAAAGUACUUGGUUAAGGUUAGGUACUACUUGGUUGGUUUUAUGUAUUACAUGUAUUUGCUUUAGGAUAGAAAAUAAUCAUGACUAAGUGUUAAUACACACAAUAAAAUGUAUUUUACUGCAACAAGCUUCACCAACAUGUUCAGCGUGUUGAAAGGGUUUCCUCAGCAUUCAAAACAAAAUUCAGAGGGCUCCUGAGCAAGCUUUAGUUUUGAUGAACUGAGAGUGAGGACAGGUUUAUAAAAGUGUGUGUUAAAGUCUACAAGGUGACAUUUUUUAUAUCAUUGUUGGGCCAGAUUCUGUUUUGAUAUAUAGUGCAUAAAAAUAUAGACAUAUCAUAUAAAACCCCUAAACAUUGAUCUUUAUUUUAUAGGAACUUUGAAUCUUAUUCAUUUUCAAUGUAUUGCUAUAUCUGGAAUAAAUAAGAAUCCACUUGUGCUUUGAAAACAGCACGCUCUCAAAUGAGAUCGAUCAGAGAUCAAAGUUUUUUUUUUCCCUAAAAGAUCAGAGUUCACCUGCAAAAUCAUUCAGCAGAGGAAACUGUUUUCUGUUUUUAAGCAUAGGUAUGAAUGGCCAGUUAUACCUGUUAGACCUGUGAAAGAUAAAGUGAGUGAAUAUGAGAAAUGCCGCAACGCUCUUCCUCUGUGUUUUUGGCACUGUACAAUGUGCAGAGGUCCAGAUCACAACAAUGUCAGGCUCAUCUAGUCCCCUGACCACCCACGUCCUGAACACUGCAAUGGGUGUUCCCGGGUCAAACGUUUCCCUCAAACUUUAUCGGCAAGACCUCGCUAGUAGUGUUUGGGAUUUGAUAACCACUGGGACCACAAACGAUGAUGGGCGAUGCCCAGGACUAAUCACAUCACAACUGUUUACAUCUGGUGUGUACAAAAUGCACUUUGAGACUGCUCAGUACUGGGCAAGUAUGGGAGAGACAUCAUUUUACCCCUAUGUUGAGAUUGUCUUCACUAUAAAUGACCCAGCCCAAAAGUACCAUAUUCCACUGCUUCUGAGCCGUUUCUCUUACAGUACAUACAGAGGGAGCUAAACACCAGUGUGAAGAAGCUUCUUUCGUCCAAUAGCUAUCUUUGACUUCUGUAGCAGCCCACUAAGGUUAUUCAUGGCAGAAACCAGUGGCGUAAAAAGAAGAAUACAUGGAUAUUUUACUCAAGUGAAAUUAGCAAUGUAAUAUUUCAAAGGUGACUUAAAUUAAAUAAUUUAAGUAUCAUUAUAAAAAUGUAUUGUACAUUAAAUAUUCAUUACACACUCA